GGAUUGUGGGAGGCGACUUCCGGGGUGGUUGGUGUUGUUAGUGGUAGUGGUGUUUGGUGUCGGCUGAGGAGGGCAGUCGCUUGACCGGGUUCGUGGCAAGAGGUCGCGCGGCAUCACACGGCCAGAGUCCGGAGGUGGCCCAGGUCCCUGCGCUCGUCGGCGUCGUUCGUAGCGGCCCAGACGAGGGGUUGAAGAAAGAGGGAGGACGGGCACGCGAGAACUCGACUCGGAAGUUUUACACCAUGGCCGAAUUGGUGCAGACACCUCCUGUGGGCGACUGCAAUAAAGAGCCGUACAGCUUCUCGCACGUCAUUUUCCACAACGUGGCCCAGGCGUACCCACCCGACACACACCUGGAGUGUCGCUACACCCUCACGCAGCACAUUCAGCCACACUCCAAGGACUGGGUUGGCAUCUUCAAGGUCGGCUGGCGUACCCCACGUGACUACUUCACCUUUCUGUGGGCCCCAGUGCCAAGCUCUACUCAGAGCAGCCUCGGCUCAGAGCAGCAUCUCAUUUUCCAAGCGUAUUACUUGCCAAAAGACGACGGCGAGUUCUACCAGCUGUGCUAUGUCACGAGCAAUGGCGAGAUCCGCGGAGCCAGCACGCCGUUUCAGUUCCGCAACUCCUCCGAGUCCGACGAGCUCUUCACCCUGGAGACUGAGGGUGAAUCCGACAUCCUUGUCGUUACUUCCAAGGCCGCUCAUCUGAAGAAUUCCUUGGAGGAGGUGCAGCGCCAGUAUAAGGAGCUGAGCAAAGCUAAAUCUGAUCUGGAGACCGAAGUGACCGGCAUGAAUGAGAAAAUGAAGCAACUCUCUGAGGAGCUGGACGGACGACGCAAGGAGGACUGCGCUUUGCAGAGCCGCUACACGGAACUCGAACAGAGCAAGCAGGCUCUGGACUCGGGGCUCGUGCAGCACAAACGUCAGCUGGAGGAGUCUGCCGUACGUGUUCAGCAACUCGAGGGAGACCUGGAAACCCUGGCCAAGAAGAUGCUGGACAAAGAGAUGGAGCUGGAUGGGUGCAAGGACAGCAUUAAGAAGUUGACUGCUGAAAAGCAACAGCUAGAGACCGAACUUAAAAAUGAGAGGGAGGAGAAAAAUCUUUUUAUGACUCACAUCAAGGAAACGGACCUGGAAAACAAGCAGCUCAUCACAAACCUGCAGGCCGCCCAGGCAGAGGUCGGAAAAAAGAACAACGCGAUCUCAGAGUUGACGGAGGAAAUCUCCCGCCUGCAGCAAAGCGCGGCUCACAGAGAGAGGUCGCUCUGCGGGGCUGCAGGAGCCGAGUCAUCUAAACCGGAGAAGGAGCUGGGUGUGGUACGGGAGCUGCUGCGCCGCACCGAAGAUCAGUUGGCCAACAGCGAGCAGAAGUUAAAGCUCCUCCAGUGGGAGCUUCUGGACGCUACCAGUACCCGGGACAAAAUGAUGGCCUCUCUGUACCAAGAGCGCACGAGCAGUGAGGAACUUCGCACCCUCGUCACUCAGAUGGAAAACAAGAACGUUGAGGGCUUGCGUGAAGACUCGCCUGAUUAUGACGAACUCAGGAAGGAGAAUGAAGACCUGAAGUUGCGUCUGCAGAUGGGAGCCGAUCACUACAAGGAUAAGUUUAAGGAGUGCAUGAGGCUGCAGAAGGAGCUCACCAAGGCGAAGCAGCAAUGGGAUGAACAGGUGGAAGUGCCGGCGGUCGUUUCGAUGGAAACCCAGAAGUCCCCUCCUGCGUCUGAAAUGAAGGAGAAACUGGGCGGUGAGCUGUCGUCUCGGGCGAUGGAGAAGCUGGCGGAAAAAACGGACAAGUGCAAGAAGUAUAAGGAAAUGUUCAAAAAAGAGAAGGAGAACAGAGAGCGGCUGGAAGAGGAGCUGCAGAAGCUGCAGAGGAGCAUUGAAGAGGAGAAGCGGGCCACGGAAGUGCUGUCGGAUAAGCUGGCUAGAGAGCAGGCCAACAUGCAGGAUCAGCUUUCAACAAAGGCAUUGGAGCUGAAAGAUGUCCGAUCGGCUCUGGAGAAGAUUAAAAAGGAGAAGGAAGAUCUGCUGACAAAGUUCACGCACGAGAAGGAGGACAAGCAGCUUCUGGAAGAGAAGGUGAUGAGGAUGGAGACGUUCUUCAAUGAGCAGCAGCAAAACAAACAAGAGAUUUCGAGGCAGCAGCAGGAGAAAGAUUUUGCAAUCUACGAGCUGCAAAAUACACUUAAAGAAUUAACGGAUGAAAUAGAUGCGCAUAAGAUGCAGCUGCACGAGAGAGAUGGGAAAAUCGAUGAGCUGGUGGCCACAGUCACAGACUUGAAGCUUGGAAGAGACGAGUAUCUGAAAAAGUUGGCAUUUCUGGAAGAGAAGUGCGACACGGGGCAGGGUGACGCUAGUGGCGGCAUGCUAGGCAACUGUGGGAUAUGCAACCCAUGGCUUCACAAGCCCGUGGUCAGCACAGGCCCCUACCCACACCAUGUGGUCAAGAAUCAACCAUUCCGUCGCGAUUACCGUAAUGAGCAGAACGUUGACGGAGGUCAACUGCGUCAGGAGCCGGAAUCCUUUUCAUUCGAAAUGAUGCGAAAGCGUUGUCCGAUCUGCGAAAUGAACUUUCCACCAGACUACGACCAGAGGGACUUUGAAGAGCACGUGCAGAGCCACUGGAAGGAGUGCCCCUUGUGCAAGAACCAGUAUCCACCAGACAUGGAUCAGCAGAAGUUUGAGGAGCACGUCCAGAGCCACUUGGAUGACAGGCGCGUGCACCCAGAUGAUACCAUAUUUUAAGAGCUAUGGAGCAAUUUCAGAUAAAGUCUCUGACCUCUUUACGUCUUACGAAUCCAUUAGCCCAUAUUCUGAAUGAGUUUUUCCUUUUUAGAUAUUCCUAUAAUAACCCCUAAAUAGGUCUCUGCUCUGCCAUAGAAUAUCUGGCUUAUGUAGGCGGAGGCGUGCCUGAUGAUACGGAGUGGUUUUAACGAGGCACCUUGGCAUUUAACCUGCAUAAGAUUUCCACAGACUUUGCACAGCCACACGUAUAUCUACACACACAGCCGAAGUGUCACAGCCGAAGUGUCACAGACACUUCCAAUGUCACCAACUUGAGAUUUGUUCGAAAAGUAGACGUCAACAACCGACGGGCAUAGUCAGCGAUGCCUUCGCCGCACAAUUUUAUGUUGUGCUGAGAAACUAGCAAAGUAAUUUCUUUGCUCUGAUUAUACGACAACCAAUAAACACGUACACAAAUAUUUUCUUACAAUCACAAGUAUGUUUCCUAUAUUGUUAACAGCUUUCCAAAUUAAAUAUAAAAUGACUACGGAUCAUAAAACUAAUCUGUACAUUUGUCAAAUAAAACUAUAUCAUGCGCAACGAAAACUAUGAAAAUGCUUUCGCACUCCCUGCACGUGAACGGGAAAUGCCUCCCUGCGGCAUUAUCGGCAUUAUCAGCCAUAGCUCUAUCCACAGCUCGAUGAACGCCUGCCCAAAUCGUCACCAUCGUGGUUGCGAUUCAAUUAUCCAUAAAGCUUCCCGCGCAAGAGCCAAUCUCGCCACUUCAUCGCCACGGUUGACGUGCGUUUGGAGCGUGUUGUUCGUUUUGACUGCCGCUCUGCCGCCUUCCUUGAUCAUUGGCCAUUGUCACCCCGUCAGCUGUGUCCUGUCCAAGCUCACUUGGUUUCCUUUAAAAUGUGAUUCAUUUCCUGUGCAUGUUCUCUGAUCGAGGUGUGUUCAUCUUUAAGGUGUUCUCCUUUAUCAGAGUUUAUUUCGAAGUGUGCAAACCUCUCCAUGCUUGUUUGUGCACUGUUAAGAAUUUUGUUCCAGUCUCGAGUCAGUGACCAUUUUGAAGAUCCAUAUUGUCACGGCUAGAAACAUACAAUGAUUAAUAGAAAAUAGAAAAUACAAAAAAAGUCUGUACGUGACAUUACCAAAAGAACCAAGAAUAUGAAUUCCUGCAGUCACGAAAGUUAAGUAAAAAUUGACUGAUUAAUUUCCACUUAUAUUCCACAGAUUUUUUGUUUGUUAUCCUAUUCAUUUUGUGACAUGUUGGUUAAUCAUAUCGGUUCACCUUUCGAUAAUUCCCACGUAUUUGUGCCGUUAAGUAGGUGAGCAAUUUGUAUGUUAACCAUUGCCUGUGAUUAUUCUGGUAAUAUAGCUAAGCUUUGCCAUUAGACCUCUGAUACAAAUCAAAAGCUGGGGACUUUUAUUUAGCAAUUCGCAUAUAUGUUGAAACUGCACGGGGUAAGUUGAUUAACAUCGUAUAUACAAGUUUGUUAACGUGGUUAAAUCAACAGUGGGUUUUGUUUUUCGUUGGUUCAAUAUACGAGUUUCAAUCUUUCGCGUGGUUUAAAACUCACACUAUUUACCAUAUUUGUUUCGUCACUUUAAAUCAUAACCAAAUGUAACAACAAAAAUAAUAAACGACAUUGACAAGAGA